AUGGAACGUGAGCUCGGUGUCCAAAUAAGUUACAGCAAGGCACGUAGGGGAAAGGUGGCCGCUUUACAUAUGCUGCAUGGGACACCGGAGGACAGUUUUCAGAAAUUAUCUUCAUACUGUCACUACUUGAGGCCCGCAGUUUGCGUUGACGGUAGUUACUUGAAAGGUCCAUACAAGGGUACACUUUUACUGGCAACUGCCCAAGAUGCAAACAAACAGAUUUAUCCCUUAGCGUGGGGGAUUGUGGAUUCCGAAACGAACCGAUCUUGGAUGUGGUUUAUGUCUAACUUGAAAGAUCUUAUAGGAGACUCAGAUGAACUUGUAUUUGUUUCGGACAGGAAAAGAAGUAUCGAAAGAGUUAUUACUCACUUAUUUCCUUUGUCUCGUCAUUGUUGUUGUAUGUGGCAUGUGGAGAAGAACCUAAUUCGGCGGCACUUUAACGCAAGUUCAAUAUUCCUGUUCAAACGAGCUGCUACGACUUAUCGGGUCGAAGAGUUCGAACGACUAAUGGGACAGAUUCGUAGGGUGAGUGAAAGAUGUUACAGGUAUUUGGAGAAAGCCGGUUUUUCAUUCUGGUCACGAGCACUAUUCGUGGGAGACCGAUACAACAUUAUGACAAACAACAACGCGGAAUCAUUGAACUCGAUGCUGAGACAUGCUCGUUCGUUGCCAAUCACGUGUUUGGUCGAGCACAUUCGUAAAAUAAUGCAGAGGUGGUUUUACGAACGUCGAAGCAAUGCAACCGCAUGUAGUACUAUAUUAUCGUCGAGGAUGGAGAACGAGUUACAAACAUUUGAAGCUGGUACUAGGCUUCUUCGAGCCCAUCAAUGCUGA